GCAAGAUUUCUCAACAUGUGGAAACAAAUGGUUAUUUUGCAGACGUGAGUUUAAAAAAAUUGAGAAACCCUCAUUAGGUAGUUUUUUUUUCUACUGAUUUUAUCCCCACCAAAACUACCGAAUUACCGAUUGUAUGUUGUGAUUGUGAUUGACGAUUGUGUCGUCUGGUGUCGCCGGUCGCCGUAUUAUGCCAUAUUAUUUCAAUUUCAAUUCUUAUAAGUUAUUAUUUUAUUUUAUCUCCUUCGGCUAUUUGAUUACGUUUUCUUGUAUGAAAAUCAGUUUAACAAGUUUCAUGGAAGUCUGCUGAAUUCGAUGACUGUUUUUUUGCGUGAAAAAUGAAACCCACUCAAUAAUCCACACUACAGGCUAAAAUGGAUAAAGAGAAACGUAAUGAUGAUGAAGGUUCGAACUCCCCUGAAGAACAUACUGAUGUCAACAACUUGAAUGGUGUUGAAAAUCAACCUACUGACUCCGAGUGCAACUUGAACCGAAAUUACCAGGUUCAGGAAUGUUCAACAAGUGAUUGUUUUAGAAACAAACGUUCUGUAGUCAAGGACAAGAAUUGCAAUUGGCGGCAAAUUUCUGAUCAAGGGGAUAGAAAUUUCAGUCACGAUGCGUUCGGAAAAAAUGAAUUCGGAUGGAGAAGUCGUAACGUAAGAGAUGUAAAAAAAUUGCAAAGAAAUAAAGUUGAAGCUUCUUCCGGAAACGUGAGUAGUGUUCCAAAUCCACUGUAUCCGCGAUCAUCAUCUAAUCGCCGCAGUACGCAUUCAGGAAUUGAUCAAACUAAUUGGCGCGAAAAGAAGCCCGUAGUUUAUGAAAAACCCGUCAAAUUUCAAUCCAGUACUAUCAAUGGGAAUAGAUUAGGUCAUUCUGAUCAACCUAAUGAUAGCAAUGAGGAUUUAAAUGAAUCCAGAUCAAACAGAGGUGGAAACAGAAACAAUUCCAGUUGGCGAGCAAAACCUAUCAAUCGUGAACAGUUAGUUGGUUACAAAUAUUUAAAAGCUUUGUCAGAAAAAGAGCCAUACGAAAUGAUCUGCGAAAUUCUAAGAUCACAGGCCAGUAUUACCUCUGUUUUGAAAAGAAAAAAACUACACGCUGAUUGGAUGAUAUUGAUUAUGGAAACUGUACGAAAGUUAUGCGAUUCGGAUUUCAAAGGUAACAAGAUUCAAGUUUUGCAAUACUUUUGUGAAUCGCCUCUACUGGAUCAUGUUUCGCAAUAUUUGAGCGAAGUUGGCAUGGAAAAAAGUGAAAAUACGAUUAAAAAUUUAAAUUCUUUCGUAUCUGAUCUCAUCUCUUUUUAUUCGGCUGUCAUCAACACUAUACCAACGGUCGCAGUGGAUAAAAAUUUCAGCAAAUUUUUAAUCAAAACUGAAAUGGGUGUCCACCUUAUGAAAGAAUAUUUACGUAUAGAAAUUGAUGAAACGAAUGUGGAAAAAUUGGCAAUUUUGAAAAAAAUCCUCGAAGACGAAACAAAAAUAUGUGAAAAAACAAUGCUGCAGGAACCGCGUAAAAAGUAUUUAGAAUUGCGUGAUGUACCACCUCCGGAUAAUUUUCGUGGAUUGAGUUUAUAUCCAACUCAGGAAGACUUGAGUCGACACGAUUUCGGUUUCAUCAGACCAAACAAGAUCAGAGGAGCUUACGACAACGUUCAUCAUUACUUAGAUGUUCAAUUUCGCUUAAUCAGAGAAGAUUUCAUCGGUCCGUUAAGAAGUGGUUUACAUAGUUACAAACAUGCAAUCGCGCUUCAAAGCAAGCCCAAAUAUAAAUACGAAAGUUUGCGUUUUUAUCCGGACGUGCAGAUAAAAGGUAUAGAAAUUUCCAACAGAAAUCAAGUAGCAUACGCCAUACAUUUCAAUUCGAGAAAACGCUUUAAAAAUAUAAAUUGGACGAACAGCAAAUGGUUUAUGUUCGGAUCGUUAUUGUUGUUCACUCGCGAUAAUUUUGAAUCGUUUUUCUUCGCCACUGUGCUCAACAGGGAUCUGCACAAUCUGAUAAGAGGACGUAUUCUGGUUACAUUCGUUGGAGAUGUGCCGUUGGAGAAGAUGUUGAAUCAGUCAUUCCUAAUGGUAGAAUCUGAUGUUUAUUUUGAACCGUAUUGUUUAGUAAUGAAAGCGAUGAAAGACUAUAGUGAAUACAACUUUCCAAUGAAACAAUUCAUCAUCGAUGGAAAUACUGAAAUCGAUCUUCCUCGAUAUAUUGAAGAAUCAGACAACGAUUUACUUAUUUACAACCACUACGUCAAUCCGGUACGAGACAAUUGGCCGCUUCAUUCGAUAAUUGGCUUUGAUGAGCAUCAGUUCGAAGCGUUUAAGACCGCACUCACUAGCAAUUUUACUGUGAUUCAAGGACCUCCCGGAACAGGAAAAACUUAUCUCGGAUUAAAAAUCGUACAAGUACUCCUGGAUAAUAUAAAGUAUAAUCGCUGCGUUUUCAGAACUCCAAUUUUACUGGUAUGUUACACAAACCAUGCCUUGGACCAGUUUCUCGAAGGAAUCCUGAAUUUUACUGAAAAAAUUGUUAGAGUCGGUGGUCAGUCUAAAAGUGAACUGUUGAAACCAUUUAAUUUACGUAGCAAAGGACAUUUGGACGGUCGACGUAGAGAAGCGAAAGAAAUGAUUCCGACUUUGAAAUACUGUCGUGAACAGAUGCACUUAAUUUGGUUUGAACUGAUGAAAAUGACAGCAGAAAAAAAAAUUAUCGAAAGUGCGGAAGGAAUUUUAUCUUAUUACACCCUAAAAAGUGUUAUGAAACCAGAAUUUCAACAAAUGAUAUACGACGAUGACAUUUUACUCGAAUGGUUACUACCAUCGGAUAACAACGAUCUUUCCAUUCCGGAAAGCAAUUUGGAAAUGAAGAAUGCGAAGAAUGUUGGUCUUGAUUCAACUGAAUCCGUUGAAAUUGAUCAUGAAUUUCACUUCGAGGAGGACAACGAUACAAUGGAAGCGGAUCCACUGGUUGAUGAAGAUGAUGUUUUUGACAUGCAAGUAAUACAUCCGUACGAUUUGACUGUUGGAUAUUGUAUUUCAAUACAAAGCUUAGUCGGGUCAUUACAGGAAAUGCGAUCAAUGCUAAUUUAUCUGGAAAAUAAUAAAGACAGGUCUUCCGAUGACUAUAUUGAAUACCAUAAUUACAAAUAUCAGCUUCUAGAGGAUUUUAAAAACACCCAGCUUCUGUACAGAGUGUUGGGUUAUUAUCUUCAAAGUGCUGAACUGCAUUCUUCUAUGAAAUAUAACUCAAAUGACUUGAACUUAUGGGAAAUAUCGAUUAAUCAACGAUGGAAAAUAUAUUGGAGUUGGGUGUCACAAUUGAAAAAGAAUUUUGAGAGGAAACUGGCCAACUUAGAAGCUCAUUAUCGUUUACUGGCUGAACAGUACGCAGAAUUAAAACAAUUGGAGGAUUUUUAUGUGGUGAGAGAAUCCUUGGUCGUUGGAAUGACUACAACAUGUGCUGCUCGACUGCAGCUUCUAUUACAAACUUUGAAACCGGCGAUUGUGAUUGUCGAAGAAGCGGCUGAAGUAUUGGAGGCUCAUAUUGUAGUUUCGUUGGGCAAAAAUUGCGAACACGUCAUUUUAAUAGGAGAUCAUAAACAGCUGAAACCAAGCGCAGCCGUGUACGAAUUGUCGAAGAAAUAUAACAUCAAUGUUUCAUUAUUCGAACGCAUGAUCAACAAUCACAUGUAUUGUCCUCAACUGCAAAUUCAGCACAGAAUGAGACCAGAAAUAUCGAGCCUUAUAGUGCCCGCGAUCUACCCUAAUCUAAAAAAUCACGAAUCUGUUUUUGAAUAUCCUUCUGUUCGGGGAAUCACCAAAAACUUGUUUUUCAUCGAGCACAACAACUUUGAAGAAGAGGUGGAUAAUUCAUCGUCGAGGAAAAACCAAUUCGAAGCUGAUUUUAUGAUUCAAUUAUGUCGGUAUAUCAUUUUGCAAGGUUACUCCGAGGAUCAAGUCACAAUUUUGACCACUUACACUGGUCAGAUGUUCCUUUUGCGGGAGAUGAAAAACCGUGACGCUUUUCUGAGAAGCGUGAAAGUCGUUGUAGUUGAUAAAUAUCAAGGCGAAGAGAAUGACAUCAUACUACUAUCUCUUGUGAGAAGCAAUGAAGAAAGAAAAAUUGGUUUCCUGAAUAUCGAAAAUCGUGUCUGCGUUGCCCUAUCGAGAGCCAAAAUUGGUCUAUACAUGAUCGGAAAUAUGGAUAUCUUGUCAGAUUGUAAUUUGUGGAAGAAUAUAAAAGAGGAGCUGGUUAAACAAGAAGCCAUCGGGUCGAAGAUGACGUUGCAUUGCGAUGAACAUGAUGUGUACACCCAAGUAUCUUGCAAGGAAGAUUUUGUUCAUGUUAAAGAAGGAGGCUGUCAUAACUUAUGUCAAAAAAUUAUGGAUUGUGGACAUGAAUGCAAACGUUUGUGCCAUAAACUCGAUGUGGAGCAUUUGGCGAAAAAAUGCUAUGAAAAAUGUUCUAGGAAUAUUCUCCAAGCAUUUGAGAAUAUUCGCGAAUAUUCUCAGAUUAUGCGCAUUGAGAAUAUUCUUGGGCCAACACUAAUCAGAAACCAUCCGUGCGAAAAAUACUGCUACGAAGAUUGUGGACAGUGCACCGUACCAGUUGAAGAAAUCCUGCCAUGUGGCCACUCGUUUACCUUGCGAUGUUUCGAAGAUCCUUUACAGUACUCAUGUCAAGUUGAAUUAAGUGUUCUUCUGGAAUCCUGUUCUCACGAAGUCAAGAAGAAAUGCUACCAAUCGAUGGAAGAUGUCGAAUGUACCUUCCCUUGUGAAGAUCGACUGGAAUGCGGACAUCAGUGCAGGAAAAAUUGUCAUAAAACGGAAGAUCCUGAUCAUUUAGAAUACAAAUGUUACAAGGCUUGCGAUAAAAUGUACCGUGGGUGUUCCAAAGAGCAUAAAUGUGAAAAAUUAUGUUUCGAAGAUUGCGGGAAAUGUGAAGUACCCGUUGAUUUUACCUUGAAAUGCGGCCAUGCAAUCGAACUUCCAUGCUCCGCCGAUCUUGACGAAGUAAAAUGUCGUCGACUUUGCAAUAAAGAAUGUUGCGAAUGCAAUGGUAUUUGCCAAAAACAAUGUUUUGAAGAUUGCAAACCUUGCAAGAACAAAGUAACAAAACGCGUGCCAGAUUGUGAUCAUGAAAUAAUUUUGGAAUGUUCGGUUGUUCCGGAACGAAAAUUAUGUCAAAAACUGUGUCAACGUGUUGCACCUUGCGGUCAUAAAUGUAAGUCAGUCUGUGGAAAACAGUGUGGUAGCGACCCCUGCAUGGAAAAAGUCGAGUCUACUCAUAUUCGAGCGCUAUGCGGUCAUGGAUACGCCGAUGUUCCUUGUUGUAGAAGAAACGAAGAAGCAAUUCAGGCGGAAGAAUUCCUUCCCUAUUGUGCCGAACCGUGUCUCGCUCUUUUGAAAUGCGGAGAUCUUUGUGCCGGAACUUGUGGCUCUUGUUGGCAAGGUCGUUUGCAUGAAACGUGCAAAAAUGAACGCGAUAAUGUUUUAAUUUGCGACCAUAGCUGCACAUUCCCGUGCCGAAAAGUAUGUCCGCCAUGUAUCAAACCAUGUCAGUAUUCGUGUAAACACUCCAAAUGUUCGAACCACUGUGGAUUACCUUGCGAUCAUUGUAAAAAAAAUUGCGAAUGGAAAUGCGUUCAUAUGGAAUGUACGAAAAAAUGCGGUGAUUUUUGCAAUCGAGAGCCGUGUUACGAACCGUGUCCAAAAAAACUGGAGUGUAAUCACGACUGCAUCGGAUUUUGCGGAGAACCUUGUCCAGAUAAAUGUCGCAUUUGUAACAAAGACGAUGUUACCGCUAUUGUUUUUGGCGAUGAAGACAAAGAAGAUGCGAGGUUCGUUUUGCUAGUAGAUUGCGGGCACUAUGUUGAGUCGAAAGCCAUGGACAGAUACAUAUCUUUACCAUCUGAAAAAGGUGAAAUAGUUAUGAAAGUAUGCCCUGUGUGCAAAACGCCGAUCUUGACCACUUUACGCUAUAUGAAUCAAGUGAAAAAGUUUUUCCGAGAUAUUCAAAACGUGAAAAAGAAAAUAUGUGGUAACUACAUCGAAAUGAAGGAAAUUCGCGCGCAAUUAGCACAACAGCUUCAGAAAUUUAAUUCGUGGAGCUACCAGUUGUUUUGUAAAGAAAUGCAUUCAGUUUCCCAAACGGCACUCGCAUUUAAAACACGAUUAGAGAUUCAUGGAAAAAAUUCGUAUUUAUCGAGUCGAGCAUUGAGAUCAAUGCAGUUUUUCACCGAUAUGUUUUCAAGUAUCGUCUCCCGCAUGAAUGAAUUGAAAAAUUGUGCCAAAAAUGAACAAUCACGUAUACUUAAAAAUGUGGAAUUUAUUUUGAAACGUGUAAAUCCCGAAGCUCUACUGUUGAAUGUGCAACAAGUCGACGACAUACGCAAAGAAUUGAAUAGAUAUCAUCGAAUGGUAGACUAUUGCGUGUUUUUGAACAAACCGGAGUAUCGAAAUAAUCAAAAUUUGCAGAAUGUAACUUCCAUUAUUGCUGAUAUUGGUCGCAUUUUGUAUGGACUGAAAUGCUUUGAUGACGAGCUAAAUGUUCAAAUCGGCGAACUAUUCGAAAAACUUCAGAAAGAUUUGAAUUGUACUCUACCACUGUCGCCAAAGGAUAUGCGAAUUCUUCACACGAAAAUGGCGAAAAACUUCUAUGGCGGAGUGAACAUUCAAAGUCGUUGGUUUAUCUGCACGAAGGGGCAUUACUACUGUGUCGCUGAUUUUGGCGAAUCUAUGGAAGAAAGCAAAUGUCCUGAGUGCAGUGAAAAAAUAGGUAUAAAAAAAUACCUGGUAUUUGGCGACGGUCGUCCCGUUCGAGUCCUCAAAAAUGUGAACAAUGUGUCGAACAGAAAAAAAUCCUAUUUCAACUUUAGAGGGUUUCGAAGAGGUUAAUGGACCAACUGCUGAAUUGAACAAUUUUAACUUCUUUAAAUCAUAUCAACUUAUCGAUCCUUGUUAUUUGUAUUGUUUUUUGUUUAGCUUAUAACGAAGUUGCGUUACCAAUUCGUACAUUGAAAAAAAAUCUUGAAAUGCGAACGUAAAAUAGUACCUAGAUGUAUAAUUAUGAUAUUUCUUUGGUAAGUACCUACUUGCGUACCUGAGUAUUUUUGAUAAAUUUUCUUCUUCAACAAUAAUAUAUGGGAUGGAUUUUGAUUUUAAAAAAAUUCAUAAAAUUGGUUUAUUUUUUUGUUAUUUGGGCGUAUUUAAAAAAGUGAUCUUUUACAAAAACCUAAGAAUAACCUCGAUUUUCCGUAGAUAUAGGUAGUUAAAUUUCCUUAAAUAUGGCCACAGGCAUUCAAUUUUUCUCAAAUUCAUUUUUUUGGACGUAUCGACUCUACAAAUUCAUGAGAAAUUUGUCUUGAGAAGAUACCGAAUUCUCUAUCAAUUGUGUAGAGUUCCUCUUCAAUGCUGUGUAAAUUGAAGGUUCACGGUAAAAUUUUUCUAGUCUAAAAUCAUAUCUAGUUUUUUUCAGCCUCGCGUCAGACGUACCAGCAAGAAGAGCAAUAGGUGUCUCAAAAUUCGGUUUUCUAAAAUAUAAAAUUUCAGGCGUUUUUCAUAAUUGAUCAAUAUCUAGACAUUAUUAUAAUCUCGUUGAUUAGUUGAUCAUUUUCAGGGUACUUUUUACUUGAAAUUUUUUUCAAAAAAGAAUAAAAAACUGAAUGCACCCAACUUCUUGUUUGUACAUAGUAGGAAUGUGUCCUUAGAAAUAGAACUUACGUUUGAAAAAUCCAAUUUUCCUGACAUUUUUCCGAGGUAUAUGACUUUACAAUGAUUAAGAAUGGUAUGUAUCUGAAUAUUUCACUCAUAUUACCUAAUACCUACUUCCUAUGUGAUAGUUUCGUCCAUAUCUCAUUGUGUAGUAUUUUUGGAGCUUCGGUCAUCCGUGACAUGGUUUAGCUCAUAAUUUGUGAUUUGUUCUUUUUUUGACUAUUUUUAAGUAUAACUUUAAGUUUAACGUUUAAGACAUCCUAUUCAUAUCAACCUUUUUCGCAUUUUUUCAUUCAUUUUACUACUUUCAUUUUUUAUAUUUCUAUCAAUUACUCACGUUCAAUUUCUAUUCAAUUCAUAUUAUUUUCUAGUUUAUUUUAUAUAGACUUUAAGUAUGAUGCUCUCUGUUCGUUUUUCAAUUUCAUAGCUUGAAUGAAACUUUUUUUUACAUGUU